UCUUGGGCCGACCAUGGGCUCAAUCCAGUAGUAAAGCCCAUCUAGACCGCCACGGUUGCGAUCAUUUCCGUCCCUCUCAAAAACCCUCUCCUCCUCUUGGUCAGUUGGUCGCCUCUCUCUCCUCCGCCGCCGCCUUCAUGGCCGCCGCCGCCGCCCGCUCCCGCGCCGCCGCGGCGUGGGCCCGCCUUCUCUACCUGCGGCCGCACCACAUCGCGAGCUCCACCACUCUUCCCUGCCACAAUCACCUAGCCUCGCGGAUCACGCCCCCGCGCCGCCACCUGGCCUUCUCCGCCUCCGCGGGGGGCGCCAGGCCUCAGAUCCAGAGCGAGCGGGCCGUGCAUGAGCUGCUCGCGGAGGUCGAGCGCGAGCGCCAGCGGGAGCGCCAGGACUGCCGCGCCAGGGAAGGCGGCCAGGAGGAAGAGGCUAAGGAGGAGGAGGAGGAGGACUACCUGGGCGUCAAGCCGCUCAUCGAGAAGCUCGAGCGCCGCAAGGCCAAGGAGACUGCCGCCGACGAAGGCUACUGGGAGCCCACCGACUCCGACAGCGACGAGGAAGACGAGCGCUACACGCCCGACGCCAUCAAGCGACGCGUCGACGAGUUCGAGCGCAAGUGCAAGCGACACGGGGAGCUCCUGCGAUCAUUCGCGGAGGCCGAGACCCUCGACGAGGCUCACAAAUGGAUGACCAAAAUCGACAAGUUCGAGGAGCGCCACCUCAAGCUGCCACUGGAGUACAGGGUCAUCGGCGACAUGAUGAACCGCCUCAAAGACUCCACGGGCAAAGACCGCUUCGUUCUCCUCCAGAAGCUCAACCGAGCCGUUAGGAUCAUGGAAUGCAAGGAGGCAUUCGACCCCAGUAACCCCGCAAACUUUGGCCUCAUUCAGCACCAGCAGGUUGGUUCUCCAGAGGAUCUGGUGCUCAACGCGGGCUUUGAUAAGGAGAAGCAGAUGAUCCAGGGGGAACAAAUCGAUGACGACGAUGAAGAUGAGGAAUUCAAUGAAGCAAAGGAGAGGGAUGAUUUGCUCAUUGAGAAACUCAAUGCUAUCGAAAAGAAGAUCGAGGACAAGCUGGCAGAGUUGGAUCACACCUUUGGUAAGAAAGGCAGAGUUUUGGAGGAGGAAAUUAAGGAUUUGGUGGAGGAGCGCAAUUCCCUGUCUGAGAAAAAGAGGAGACCUAUGUACAGAAAAGGUUUUGAUGUCAAAGUUAUCGACGUUAACAGGACAUGCAAAGUCACAAAGGGAGGCCAAAUAGCAAAAUUCACAGCAUUAUUGGCCACUGGAAACUACCAUGGUGUUGUAGGCUUUGCAAAAGCUAAAGGGCCAACAGCCAAGAUAGCAAUACAGAGGGCAUAUGAGAAAUGCUUCCAGAACCUUCAUUACAUGGAGCGAUAUGAGGAUCACACAAUUGCUCAUGCUAUUCAGGCCAAAUAUGAAAAAACAAAGAUAUACCUCUGGCCUGGACCAAUAAGAAGUGGAAUGUCUGCUGCUGGUAGGACUGUUGAAACUGUACUGUACUUGGCUGGUUUCAGCAACGUCAAGUCAAAGAUUAUUGGAUCAAGGAACCCACUUAAUGUGAUUAAAGCUCUCUUCAUAGCUUUGAACGCGAUUGAGACUCCAAAGGAUGUCCAGCAGAAGUUUGGGCGUACUGUGGUCGAGUCUUACUUAUUGUAACCAUCUGAUUUGUUUGGAGGAGGUGAGGCCAGCUGAGUCUUGUAUUGGCUUUGGCGUGGGAAGACCAAGGAAGGUCCAACCAUGAGAGAUCUCCUUUAUUUGUUUUGGCAAUGCUGUGAGCAAGCAGUAAGGCCCAGCACACAUGCGAUGGGAGGGUGAUUGCUGAGGCUCGUAAAAAGGUCAAUGGCAACUGUAAGCAGACAAGCAGAUGGUAUUUCCCUGGCCCUUUCUGUUUAGAACUGGAUGAAGUUGGGGACGCGUUUGAGGGUUGUUGUAUAAAUGAAGAUCAAAAUUGCCUCAUCUGGUCUUCUUGUUUUUGUUAGCAUGCAUUGUUUGUUGUCGCUGCAUACUGUUGCACGCGGAUGAAAAUGAGCUGAAGACUAACUUCAUAUGUUAGCGUAGGAUAAUAAGCCAUGUUUCUCAUAUAGACUGCAGCUUUCUGCGA